AUGUCUCUGCAAAUUAACAUUGAAUUCAGAGUAUUAGCCAUGUUGUUGCGUGAAUAUCAUUAUGAUCGUUCGAUUCCAGAAGAUACAAGCAUAUGCCCCUCGGUUUUCACCGCAAAACAUAAUUUAACUGUGCACCAAAAGAAGCAUACCGGUGUGCGUAUUCCAUGCACCGUAUGUCCAUCAACAUUUUCUUUCAAGACCAGCCUCAACAAACAUUUGAAGAACGCUUAUGGUAUCAUUAACGUUCCGGCUCACUUGAGACCAUUGCCUGCUGCUCCGAUCAUCGAUCAGCAAACACGACCAAGCGUGAUACAGUUCGCGCCUCCUACCACCCAGCAGAUUCAAAUAGCGGCUCAAAUUUUUGUACCGGAUGUCCCGGCUGGCGGAUCGCGCGUGUUAUCCGAAGAUGUCCCGACUGGCGGAUCUCGCGUGUUAUCCGAAGAUGACAUAUGUAUGUUCGCAAUGGAUGCAUAUGAAAUGCAAGACGCCGAUACAGAAUCUUACACUUCUGCUGUAAAUGGUAAACGCGUUUCUGUUACCAACACCACCUCAGCUGCUAGGGCAAAAAAGGCGCGUAUGGAUCUCGUUAAAUCACCCGGGUUUAAUGAAAUUUCGUCGUCCGCAAAUAGGAAGAUCGUGUGGUACUACGCUAAAAAUAUCACCAAUACAAAAAUUUAUUCAGACUUUCUCCGUCCACUUAUACCUGAGCUAAUAAAUUUAUUGAAAACACACGUACAAAAACAUGCGAUUAAAUUUAAUUUGAAACUUGAGGCGACCUAUAACCGUCCGAACGUACCAAACUCAUCGGAGAACAGGGCAUUCAAGACUUCAGCGGUAGAAAUUUACCCGGACAGUGACAUUAGAACAAUUGUAGAGAUAGCGUAUAUGAAGUUGAUGAAGGAGAAGGAUGAAUAUAUGGGAAGAGGUAGUGGUUUUACUUUAGAAUCCAUAGACGGGUUAUUGUUAGCGGUAUACAAAUAUACACCGAUGGGUGGUGCGUCUUAUAUUGAGUUACCGGCGUAUAUCGACAGGAAGCGGGCGACUGUAAACCCACAGAACCUAGAUCAGCAGUGUUUCAAGUGGGCGAUUCUCGCGAGGCAUGUGACGGGGACGGCGGUAUGCCGUGUCGGAGAAAAUUACAUGCAACAUGAAGAUAAAUAUAAUUUUGAUUGCAUCACCUUCCCUACACCUCUCUCAGAUAUACCGAAAUUUGAAAAAAAUAAUAUUAACGUGUCCAUAAACGUGUACGGCCUCGAUAAAAAAUUCCAAAUACCGAAAUUGCCGAGGUAUGAGGUCUACCCGCUACGUGUUGUUGACGAAGAAAAACCGAACCAUUUUGACCUAUUGCUGAUAACGGACGGUGACAACUCGCAUUAUACAUACAUUUCAAAUUUUUCCCGACUCAUACGUAAACAAAAAACCGGACAUGAUGGGCGUGUCGUGUUUUGUAAAAGGUGUUUUACCAGUUUCGACAACCGAAAUUUAAAAUACAAGCUGAGCGGGCAUGAGGCUCUAAACCAGCACAAAUUGAUUUGCGGGGCGCACAAGCCGAUUCUACCGGAGAUGCCGAAGGAGUGUGAUAGCAUUGAGUUUAAGGCGUGGAAAAAGACACAGCGACACCCUUUUGUUAUUUAUGCGGAUUUCGAAGCAUUGUUGGUGAAGACGGAGGAAAAGAAAGGCGAGAGUACUACAAUUAUACAGAGACACGAAGCGAUGAGUUACGGGUUUUUAGUGAAGGCGAGCGACAACGUACCGGAGGAGUUAUUGGAAGAGUACGAGAUACCGGCGGGGCCGGUAAUCUACAGAGGCAGCGAAGACAGAACGGACGUGGCGAGACAUUUUGUGGAGAUGAUAGUUGAGGUGGCCCAGAAAAUUGAAAAACUGAUGAAGACAAUUUUCCUAUAAAAAUGAGUGAGGGCGAAGAAAAAACACAUCAAGAGUGUAAUACGUGUAAUUUAUGUAAAUGUUGUUUAGCCGGGGGCGAUAAGGUUAGGGAUCACGAUCAUUUGACGGGGAAAUUUAGGCAGACUUUGUGCUCUAGGUGUAACUUAGAAUUACAACAACCUAAAUUUGUCCCCGUUUUUUUCCAUAAUCUAUCAAACUAUGACGCACAUCUUAUUGUAACGGAACUUGGAUAUGAUACUCAGACUAUCAACGUUAUUCCGAACAGCGAAGAGAAAUAUAUAUCUUUCUCGAAAUAUAUAAGUAGUACCUUCACUGUUCGGUUUAUCGACACGUUCCGGUUUAUGGCAUCGAGUCUGUCGUC